AUGAGCUCCUAUCUCGCAUCUUUCAAAAGCUCCUCCUCUAUUUCCAAUGUUCUGGGAUCACGGCUCAACAGCUUGCGCCGAGCCAUCUCUCUAGGCGACGAGGGGGACGACCCAGACAACGAGGAUUGCUCCCAUAUCUCUAAUGCGCUACGUGCCUAUUACACCGAGAAGGGAAGAUCGUUCCCUGCAUGGCUUCCUCCAGAUCCUAAGGCUCCAGCCCCUGCCGCAUCUCGGCCCAUUGCGACUGCCUCCGGACAACACGGACAAGGGGCGCCCAGUGGUGCUUACGGCCGGAAUAGUGGUGGUGGACUCGGUGACCUCUGGGGUGAUUCAGGUGCACCCUCACCGGCAAGCGCUCAGACAGCCAGUCUUCGCCGGGGUCGCGGCAGUGGUGCGAGCGGUGCCAGUGGGUCAAUGAUUGCACCUCAAAGCGCUUCUCCGGGGCCCCUGAUGUCGCCUCCCCCUCAAAAUUUCCAGCCUCAUGCACCUUCGGCAGCUCGACCGCUACCUUCUCAACGGUCUGGAUCAUAUCAGUCAUCGCAGUCCAGUCAGGAUAGCAGAUCUGGGGCAGGAUCGGCGCAGGAACGAUUGCGGGCUCGCCUGCACGGUGGCAGAUCUCCUAGUCCAGGAAAUCUCGACCCUAGCGUGCGCAAGCCUGUCGGAGGGAGACAGUGGUAG